AUUUUGUUUUUAAUUUAUUUCCCAUAUAUGUCUAGUUUUGCAUAUGUUGUCAAUAUCAUGUUUCAUUAUUUUGAAUUAUUAGGACUAUWUUCCUUCCUAACAGUUUGUAGAUAUGCAGUUUAGAAAAGCCCAUCUAGGAACAAGUGCUACAACUGAAUUUGUUUAUGUUGAUGUGUGUCUGUUCCUAUCAAAUAAACCUAAUUAAAAAAUUAUAAAUAUUUUCACGUCACAAUACUCUUGCAGUCUACACCAUGUUCACUAUCUAGUCUCCUGUAAGAUAUCCAACAAAUCAACCAAAAGCAAAAGCUUUUACCAUUUUACAUAAUCCAUUUUCUAGGCACAGCAGAUCUCAUACAUCUAAUCAUGUUUACACAGGAAUCAUUUUCUAAAAAUACAAACAAAUAAACAGAAUAAAAUAUUAUAUAAGGCCAUUAUGAAAAUGUUUGAAAUUAAUAUAUGUCAGCUUACUGAAAGAAACGUCCCUGUAACAAACUCCUUUUGCAUGAGUUACUGCAUCAAACAGAGCGACAUGCUGAUGGUCAGGCUGUGCUGAGGUGGUCAGGAAGACAGAGUGGAUUUAAUGAUGUCUCUCAUCUUCUUUUUGUUUUUGCAAUACCUUAUUUAAAGGUUUUUAAGUUAGUAGAACAUUAACAGCAACAUGUCAAUAUCCCUUUGAGAUCCACCCCAAAGUUUAUAAAAAGAAAUCCAGGAGAGCAGAUACUUCMCAUUGGAACCAAAACAACUUGAAAUCUGUGUCUCUUUUCUCUUCCUUCAGAUUCUGGAAACUUGAUGGAAAUUUAUUUCAAUGUGAAAAGAAGGUUUUGACCCACAUCACAACCGGGCCCAGUCAUUUCUGUCUUAACUCAGGUGAGACUCUGAAUGACGACAUAAUGAAUGUCUCUGUGUGUUGUCACGGACUCCAGCUGCACACCUGUUUCUACCAAAGUGUUUCCUUCCAAAGUGUUGGAAAGUUGUAGCGUUCCAGGAAACUGAAUUGUGGUUUUUCAUCACCUAUAAUCAGGGCCGGGUUAGAAGGAUAUGUGGCCUUGGGUUGGAAACAGUCUUGGUGUCCUAUUCCCCCCCCAAAAAAAAAAGAAAAAAAAAAGAGAACAUUACUCAUGCAAAUUUAAAACUUCCUAUGAGAGAUGACUAAAAAGAUCUAUUAUGACUUCAGAAUUUUCAAAUGUGUGAUUAUUGUUUACAUUUAUAAAAAUGUAACAAUGUUAAAACUCCACACUUCAUUGGGAUUAUCAUGAGUUUUAUAUUUAAAAUUAAGCUAUGAUGCUUUAUAAAACACACCUUCAUGACAAAACCAUCCUGAAUCUUUGGUUAUCCCGAAACUCGGAACCCUGGGCCCCGGUUAGCUUACAGUCCGGCCCAGAUUGUAAAAUAAUAAAUAAAUAAACAAUCAAAAUGAACAGAAUGAACCCAAUCUGUAUGAAAUGAAUUAAUGUAAACUUCAGUUUUUGAAUUAAGUUAGUGAUAACAAUCCGCUUUUCAUUAAAUAUUCUGCCGACACGCAGCUGUCCUGUGGGAUGUUUUAAUUGAAGCGGACAGAUCCAGUCUGGAGGGAUUUUGUCUCCUCGCUCAGUCUCUCACAUCCAAAGCCCAAAUAAACCGGAUUGCAGUGAGCAUGAAACAACUUGUUAAACAUGAAUUAGGAUGUAUUCAUCUCCGACUCCAACAGCGCUUUCCUAAAGAUUACAAAAACACGAACAGCCAGAGGAGACCCCCCCACCCCCGCCUUCCUUUUCCUCCUCCUCCUCUCCCUCCCUCCCCCAUCCCUCCAUCUAUCCGCGCUUCCUUUCUUUCUCCUCUCCCGCUGGAUGGUGCGUUAGGAGCGCGUGCAGGAAGGCACCGAGACUCUCCUUUCUUCUUCUUCUUCAUCUUGUUCUCGGAUGGAGACGGGCUGAGCAGCAGGGUCCAGGUCCAGGUCCAGGUCCAGUUUCCCGACCGGCGCAGUCCACCUCCAGCAUUCCGCUGGAAGCUCCUCUCUCCGUGGAAAAGCCGCUGCUGAGAGCCGCGGAAGGGGAAGCAGCAGGAAGGGGAGACGCGAUCCUCCGUCAUCCGUAGGCCUCCUGCAUCCCUUCCAGGGGCGUAUUGCUGGGGGUCGUGUCCGCACCAUGCUCGUGUAGCCCGAUCGGUGCCGGAGGAGUCUUCUGUAGCGUGUCGCGUCUCCAUGCAUUCUUCAAGGCCAGAGCCGGGCUUGGCGGGAGCGGAGCGCCGCAGGCCUGCGCCGGUCCAGACGCCCGACGACUGGGACGGGUGGAGGGAUCGAGGGAUCGCCGGGUGGAGGGACGCGGGGAGGGAAGGCUGGAGGGAGGGGAGGGAGGGCAGGGAGAGCGGCGUGGUGCAGAGCUACAGCUUCGAUUCGUACCAGCUGGAGGAGGAGGAGAUCAGUAAGGAUGCCCCAGAGCGAGGAGUUCUGGCUCUGUCUGAACCCGACUUUGAGCAGCCGAUCCCCGAUGACCGUUACCAUGGCAUCUACUUUGCAAUGCUGUUGGCUGGAGUGGGUUUCCUGCUGCCGUACAACAGCUUCAUCACCGACGUCGACUACCUGCAUCACAAGUUUCAGGGAACGUCCAUAGUGUUUGACAUGAGUCUGACGUACAUAGUGGUCGCUCUGCUGGCUGUGAUCCUCAACAAUGUGCUAGUGGAGAGGCUCAGCAUGCACACCAGGAUUACUGUGGGUUACAUCUUGGCGUUGGGGCCGCUCAUCUUUGUCAGCUUGUUUGACGUCUGGUUGGAAAAAUUCACCACCAAGCAGGCUUACGUCAUCAACCUUUUGUCAGUGGGAGUGGUGGCCUUCGGAUGCACAGUGCAGCAGUCCAGUUUCUAUGGAUACAUGGGGAUGCUGCCCAAGAGGUACACUCAAGGGGUGAUGACCGGGGAAACGGAAAAGGGGAAAGAUAAGGGAAACGGAGGAACGGCACCAUCCUCCGCAGAAGAAGGCCACGAGGAUUUUGUGGGCGGAACUUACGUGAGAUUCGACGCCCCAAAAGCCAAGAUCAGGAAGAGCUGGCCCGGCGUCCGAGACAUGAUUCUGCAUCGCUACGUGGUGUCGCGUGUGAUCUGGGCCUACAUGCUGUCCAUAGCUGUGACUUACAGCAUCACCCUGUGCCUGUUCCCCGGCCUGGAGUCAGAGAUCAGGAACAAAGCCUUGGGGGAAUGGCUGCCCAUCCUCAUCAUGGCCACAUUCAACAUGUCCGACUUUGUCGGGAAGGUCACCCACUGGUUUCCUCUCCUGUKUGGUUUCUCUCCAGUAAUUUCCUGUUCUGUGUUUCUGUUUCUGCCUGCAGGAAACACAAUGACAGUUUCSUACAUGACGGGUCUAAUGGUGGGCUCCUCCGUGGCGUACGCAACGUACAGCUUCACCCCGACGGCGGCGGGAGCGCGCCUCCCCACACACGCUCCUUUCAAUGCGACAGGGUACUGAAUGUCCACACAGACCAAAACACACACACACACGCACUCACGCACGCACACACACGCACGCACGCACGCACGCACACACACACAUAACUAUAUAUCUACCCAUGUGCAGCAAAAGCAAGCAUUUAAAGUUGUAGCAACAUUUUCAUCCUGUGUGGUGAAGUUUCUAAGAAGAGCAAAGUUGGAGCUGCGCCCCCUGCCAGCAGCCGGCUGAGGCCGACGCGGCUGACCUUUGAGAAUCGCUCGGUGUCAUUACGAACAGGUCGUCUGACAUUUGUAAGGUGCGAUGGUGAGUCGUGUUUCACCGCGAGGAGCGGAGCGCCAUUUGUGUCGAGUGAGUUAAACUCGUCGUUUUUGAUGAUGUCCCAGAGCUGCUCAGAGUUCAGAGGAAGGUGGAGGGAGUCAGGAGGUCAUUCAGGGGUCAUCAGAAUAACCCUUUCAGAGGCUGAAGAAGUAUGGAUGGUGAAAUAGCUGCAAAAACACAAAAUCUUACCAAGGGUUUUUGUCUAGUUUCUAGUGCAAAUAUAAAUAAGACAGAACUAUGUUCAGCAAGAUAAGAUCUUGUUUUAAGUCAAUCAUUUCUUUAUAUUGCUGAAAAAUAUUUAGGAUUAUUGUUCCAUUGGAAGAUUAUAAGUGAAAUAAUCUGCCAAACGAACAAUAAAUUUUUCCCUUAUUAAAAGUUAAAAUGUCUUAUUCCACUGGCAGAUUAUUUCACUUAUAACUUGUAAUUUUUCAGCAAUUUUAAGAAAUUAUUGAUUUAAAACAAGCUCCUAUUUAAGUUAUUUACUAUUUGCGUGGUAAAAUUGUGUGUUUUUGCUGUGUAUUUAUCCAUACCAGACUGACCUUGRAAGCAUAAUUUGCCUCUGUUUUAUAGUAAUAUCAAUGAUCUGAGAUGUCGACAUUAUUAUGCGGUUUAUAUCAGCAUAAAUUAGAGAAUAUUUCUGCUGWCGRCUCUUUCAGUCAUCAUAGUUUUAUCUAUCAGCUAAAACUCCCUGGUUCUAUUAAGUGCAGGUCUUUCAUGUAAGUUGUCCAAAAUCAUUGGUAAUAUAUAAUUUAUUCAUUUAUUCUUGAGGGUUUAAGACUAAUGAACAAGACAGAAAUGAUAAAAUAUCCAUCCAUCCAUCCAUCCAUCCAUCCAUCCAUCCAUCCAUCCAUCCAUCCAUUUUCUG